AUGCAGAAAUCUCCUGCCAAAAUGACUUUCAGAAAUCUUCAGCAUCUGCUGCAAGAAGUAUCAAGCUUGGAACAUGGUGGGAACUUGAUCUGCUACCCGUUAGGAAAUACCGAAGCCCCAACCACUUGCACCUACAAGCAACUCGCCGAACAUGCGCAACUCGCCUCCUGGUCCCUCCGUGCAAGCCCCAUCGCUGCUGGACUCACUCCCGGCUGUCCGGUUCUCCUGCACUUCGAUGCACACUGGGACACGAUCGUGUGGUUUUGGGCUGUAAUGCUGGCGGGGUGCGUGCCAGUCAUUUCCACAACUCUUCCGAACGAUCCCUCACUGCGCAUGACACACUUGGCCCAUUUAUCGAAGGUGUUCGGGGAGCCGCUGUGUUUGACUCGCAACAACCUGGUCUCUGAGUUCAGUCAGCAGCCUUCCAUCAAGACCGUGGCAGUCGAUGCACUGGAUCAGAAGACUGCCCAUCCGAUGGUGGAUUUCACUGAAUCCGAGCUGAGUGACACGGCAGUCAUGAUGCUUACUUCGGGCAGCACGGGCAAGUUCAAGGCUGUUUGUCUCAGCCACGGACAGAUUCUCGCUGUCCUGACUGGGAAAUUGUCUGUCGUGGCUCUCCAUGGGGAGAGUUUUAUGAACUGGAUUCGAUUGGACCACGCCGCUUCGCUCGUUGAGAUUCACCUGCAGGCCAUGUUUGCGCUCAAGGACCAGGUUCAUGUCCACAGUACCGAUGUGCUGUCUGAUCCCAUCAAGUUCGUGGACCUGAUCGAUCGACACAGAGUCACCAGGACGUUUGCUCCAAACUCUUUCCUGGCAAAGCUUCGUGGCACCUUAUCUGAGGUGACCCCAUCCGGCACGGCAAAUGGUUUCUCGCGUCGCUGGGAUCUUAGUUGUCUCAACUAUGUGGCGUCAGGAGGUGAAGCAAAUGUGACCAAGACCUGCAACGAGGUUUCGAAGCUGCUUUCCCACUAUGGCGCCCCCCGAAAUGUCCUCGUUCCCGGCUUUGGCAUGACCGAGACCUGCGCCGGGGCGAUCUUCAACACAAACUGCCCCCAAUAUGACAUUGACCAUAAAUUGGAGUUCACCUCGGUGGGAACCUGUAUGCCAGGGAUUGAAAUGAGAAUCACAGGUGGUUCAAAUGUCUGCGCUUCUCCCGGAGAGAUCGGUAACUUGGAGCUUAAGGGCAAGACGGUCUUCAAGGAAUAUUUCAACGACAGCAAAUCGACACUGGAAUCAUUCACCAGUGACGGGUGGUUCAAGACGGGCGACCGGGCCUACAUCGAUCGCGACACAGGAUAUCUGACCUUGACAGGCCGACUGAAGGAAACAAUGAUCAUCAAUGGAAUCCAUUACAGUCCUUACGAGAUUGACAGCUUGCUCGAUCGCUCCGAUAUCCCCGGUCUCACGCCUAGCUUCAACUGUUGCUUCUCUUCUUUCCCGUCUGGUGCGGACACUGAAAUGGUCUGUUUGGCGUAUCUUCCCACCUACAAGCCGGAGGACAUGGUGGCGCGCGUGCGAACCACCGAAGCCAUUUCGAAAGUUGUCAUGAUGGCCACCGGAUCACGCCCAGAAAUCAUUCCCUUAAAUGAAGCCUUGCUUCAAAAAUCCGCACUUGGCAAGGUGUCCCGACAGAAGAUCAAAACCAGUUACGAGAAAGGCGAGUACAGAUCUUUCCAGGAGAUGAACAGAGAGAUGAUCCGACUCUACUACAAAGCUGUCCGCACUCCCCCGGAGACCAAACUCGAGCGUCAGAUUCUCGAGGUGUAUAUUGAGUCGUUGGGACUGGGCGAGGAGGGAUUUGGGGUGGAAACCCCAAUCUUCGAUGUGGGAAUCACCUCCAUGGAGUUGAUCAAGCUGAAGAAGGACCUCGAAAAUAAGAUUGACAUCGGUCAGGAACUGCCACUAACGGCUGUCAUGACCAGCUCCACGGUUCGUGAGCUCCACAGGGCGCUGCAGGAGCUCCAGGCUCCCCGGGAGUAUAGCCCUUUGGUGACUCUGCAGGACAAGGGUACGAAGGCGCCUCUCUGGCUGGUCCACCCUGGUGCGGGUGAGGUCUUAGUUUUCCUCAACCUUGCGAAGUACAUGAAGGAUCGACCGAUCCAUGCUCUGCGUGCGAGGGGAUUCAAUGAAGGUGAAACGCCAUUCUCUACCAUCGAUGAAACCGUGAACAGCUACUACAAUACCGUCAAAAAGCAACAACCCGAUGGACCGUAUGCACUAGCCGGAUACUGUUAUGGCGCCAUGAUCGCUUUCGAGGUAGGAAAGCUCCUGGAAAAGAACGGCGAUGAAGUCAAGUUUGUUGGAGCCUUCAAUCUGCCACCACACAUCAAGCUGCGCAUGCGUGAUCUCGAUUACCGAGAGUGUCUGCUUCAUCUCGCAUACUUCUUGAGUCUCAUGACAGAAGAGCGAUCAAGGGAGCUGGCGAUCGAACUCAAGGGUUUUUCCAGGGAAGAGGUCUUCGACGGGGUGAUGAAGCACUCAUCGCCGGAUCGCUUGGCAGAGCUCUCGUUCUCCAAGCCCAGCUUGGUACGAUGGGCCUCCCUUGCCUAUGUGCUGCACAGCAUGGCAGUUGACUACGACCCCUCGGGGUCUGUGGCCAGCAUUGAUGUUUUCUGGUGCACCCCAUUAGCUAUCGCGGCAUCGACAAAGGAAGAAUGGUUGAAUGAACAUCUCAGUAAGUGGCAAGACUUCUCCCGGGCCGAGACUGGCUUCCACGAAGUUCCCGGUCGACAUUACACGAUGCUGUUGCCGGAACAUGUGUUUGAGUUCCAGAAGAUCUUGCGAGGUGUUUUGGAGGCUCGAGGAAUUUAG